AUGGCCCCAAAGCAGGCUACCCUUGGCAAGAGCCCCGUAGAGUCGAAACCUAGGGAAAAGGCGGCCCGCACCAAGGCAAAGGCGGUCAGUGUUAAACAAGAGGACGAGGAGCCUGAAGGAUCAAGUGCUGCUUCUUCCUCCGAGGCCGAGAUUGACGCCGAGGAAGAAGACGAGGAGCGUCCGGAAAUCGCAGCCAAAGCCCGAAAGGACGUCCAGGCAAUCAUAGCUUCCAAGGGCAAGGAUCCGUAUCCUGACUGGAAAGCGGGACAGCCGGUUCCUUACGAGGCUCUUUGCAAAACCUUCUCCCUCGUUGAGCUCACGACCAAACGGCUCCAGAUCAUGGAGCAUUGUUCUCUCUUUCUCCGCCAAGUGCUUCGUCUCACCCCAGACGACCUGCUUCCCACCGUUCUCCUCAUGAUCAACAAGCUAGCUCCGGACUAUGCUGGUAUCGAGCUAGGUAUUGGUGAAUCACUGAUAAUGAAGGCCAUCGGAGAAAGCACCGGGCGGAGUCUGCAAAUUAUCAAGCAAGACCAAAAGGAGAUUGGAGAUCUUGGUCUCGUGGCGGUCAAAAGUCGGUCAACCCAGCCUACCAUGUUCAAGCCCAAACCACUCUCUGUAAGGGGUGUGCAUCAGGGCCUUAUGGGCAUUGCCACAGUAAGCGGCAAUGGGGCUCAGCAACGCAAAGUUGAUCUCAUCAAGAAGCUCCUUUCCGCUGCUGAUCCCAAUGCCACCGGCAAGGUGGAUAUUACCAAGGACAAGGGCGGCCCAAGCGAGGCCAAGUUUCUCAUCCGCUUCCUAGAAGGAAAGCUGAGGUUGGGUCUAGCGGAGCGCACAGUCAUCGUCUCACUCGCCCAAGCCGUUGUUGCCCACGAAGCCGAAGCGAAAGGGCUGGUCCCAAGUACCAGCGACAUGGAAAAGGGAGAGGGCAUCCUCAAGCAGGUUUACAGCGAGCUUCCUAGCUAUGACGUGAUAAUUCCCGCGAUCCUCCAGCACGGCAUCGACAAGCUUCGAGAAAACUGCAAGUUGAAACCUGGCGUACCACUCAAGCCCAUGCUGGCGAAGCCGACCAAGGCCAUCACCGAAGUGCUAGAUCGUUUCGAUGGCCAGGCUUUCACCUGCGAGUAUAAGUAUGAUGGUGAACGAGCCCAGAUCCACUACGUAGCAAAGGACGCGCCUCGCGGUGAGGGGGACAACCUCAAGGAUGCCGCCAAACUCAAAACGGACGGAGUAGCCGCCAUCUUCUCCCGCAACUCCGAGGACCUAUCCAAAAAGUACCCGGAUAUCCUCUCUCGUCUGCACACUUGGGUCAAGGAAGAUACAAAGAGCUUUGUCCUUGACUGCGAGACAGUGGCCUGGGACGUUACAGAGAAAAAGGUGCUGCCGUUCCAGCAACUCAUGACGCGCAAGAAGAAGGACGUCAAGAUCGAGGAUGUUAAAGUCAAAGUCUGCGUGUUUGCUUUUGAUCUUCUCUAUCUCAACGGUGAACCAGUCGUAGGAAAGUCGCUGCGGGAGAGGAGGCAGCUACUUACUGACGCCUUUUCCCCGGUCGAGGGUGAGUUCACCUUUGCCACCUACAUGGACGGCCAGGAGUUGGAUGAAAUCCAGACCUUCCUCGACGAGAGUGUCAAAGCCUCGUGCGAAGGCUUAAUGAUCAAGAAGGACUAUCUCUCCGGUGUUGGCGACUCUCUCGAUCUCGUCGUUCUCGGCGCCUACCACGGAAAGGCAAGCGCACAUCCCUACGAAACGGUAUGUAACAUCGGCACUGGCUUCUCGGAGCAGGUCCUCGAGGAACUCCAUAAAACCCUCUCCGAUGUUGUCAUCGACCGACCGAAGCCUUUCUACUCCCAUUCUUCAGGUUCCCAGCACCAACCAGACGUCUGGUUUGAACCCCGGUACGUCUGGGAGGUCAAGACUGCAGAUCUAACACUGAGCCCCCGCUACAAGGCCGGGUGCAAGGAGGGCGUGGACCCCGCAGGGGAGAAGGGCAUCAGCCUGCGGCGGCAAGAGAGCGUCGCUAAGAGCAAGGCGCCAGCCGUCGAUGACGACUUUGAGUAUUAA